ACUACCGCUCCCGUGAUGCACUGCGCGGCGUCUUUCCUCCUCAUUGCCCUGAACUGGGAAGCGGACGGGAACCGGGAGGGUUCCUCCUGCAACGGCCCCUCGCCAGAGAUGGGGGAGCCCGGCGGCUACAAGUGCGUCGAGUGCAACCGGGAGGCUCCCGAGCUUUACAGGGACUAUCAGCGCGGGGUGCUGCGCAUCGCCAUCUGCAAAUCCUGCCAGAAACCUGUGGACAAGUACAUUGAGUAUGAUCCUGUUAUCAUCUUGAUUAAUGCCAUCUUAUGCAAAACACAGGCUUACAGGCAUAUUCUUUUCAAUACACAGAUAAAUAUUCAUGGGAAGCUUUGCAUAUUUUGUUUGCUUUGUGAAGCUUAUCUCAGGUGGCUGCAGCUACAGGAUUCAAGCCAAAACACAGACCCUGAUGACUUAAUCAGAUAUGCCAAAGAAUGGGAUUUUUAUAGAAUGUUUGGAAUUGCUUCUUUAGAACAAACUGCAUUUUUGGUUGGCAUCUUUACUGCACUUUGGCUAGCAAGACCUGAGAGCCUGAAAACAAAGUCAGACUUCAUCUUUCUUCUGAAAGCCCUGUUGUUGUCUAGCUAUGGAAAACUUCUACUGAUUCCAGCUGUUAUUUGGGAACAUGACUAUACUCCUUUGUGCCUCAAACUCAUAAAAGUAUUUGUCCUGACAUCAAACUCUCAAGCGAUUAGAGUUACCGUGAACUUAAGCCAAAAGCUCACUUUGCUAGCCAUCUUGAGUGGAUUCAUUUUGGAAAAUGGCAUAGUCUACUUGUUCCAGAGAAUGGGAUGGAAUGUUUGAAAAGGCAGCCCAGUGUUCAUUUUUCUAAAUCUUGGAUUACAUUGAAAAUCUAAAGAAAAACCAACAUGGUACGUUCUCAAAGAAUAACCCUCCUGCAGCAAGCCUCAAAUCAGCCUCAAAUAGUUACAUGAACAAAAACUUUCCAUGAUAAUUGACUGGAAACAGUUAUAUGAUUUUAAAUGAGAAACUCCAGUAGUCUGGCUACUUUGUGUUUAUACCAGAAAAGUUCAGUCUGAACUUACUUGCUUUCCCACCAAAAAUAUGAGAGUGUCACUACCCUCAUAGCUUUUAUAGAUCCAGCUGUAAAGAAAAAUGGAUGCUAAAAAUUUCAGUACUACCACCAAUCACUACUUCAGAUGUUUUUUCAGAAGGAGCUGGAUGAGAUAUUUUCCUUAGAAGGGAAAAGGAGUAACUGAGAAAAUUGAAACGGGAAAACAAAACCAGUACUUUCUAAAAGAGUCAUGAACAGAUAAAGAACUAAGUAUGGCCAGAAUCAACUGUUCUGUUGUACAGUACAAUUACAAUGGACAGACUAAACUUCAUUCUUAGAUGUUUGCGAAACAAAACAAUAAAGGAGCUAUUUGUAUUUUAAUCUACAAAAUUUAAUAUUUGUGACUGUUUUAAAGGAAGUGUUGAAAACCCUAAAUGUGUCUGUCUGUCUUGAAAAUUGUUUAGAAAGGCUUCUGAUUGUUUCAUUUAAAAUCAGUGUAGGUUUAAUUUAAAAUUUCCACCUUCACUGUUUGAUGGGGUUAAAAGGGACAUCAACAACAAACCAACCUGUGUGGUAAAAUUGAUUUGAAGUGGUCUAACACAAAAUAUAGGUGAGAUCCUAACUUGCUGUAAAUAUCAGUUCAUACCAGCUGAAAUCCACCCUAUGCCUUUAAGAAAAAAUACUUCAGAAACUACUCCUGGGAGGAUUCUGUGCCAAAAAAUUAAAAAUUCUGAAAAUUUUAUUUGUCAAAAUAAUACAAUGUAUCAACAACAGUUUCAAUUGUUUUGGUAAGUUAUUUAAACUACACUACAGAAAAAAUUCACUAACUAGUCAGCAUUUCCUAAACAUAUGAAAGUUAAGUUACAAACACUUGGUAACGAAUACCCUGCAUUCCAGCUAUAAUCCUGGAUUUUCAUUUAAAUUACAUUACAGAACAGUAAAGAGCCAAAAAAAAAGGUAGAAUGUCAUUUUAAAUUGCUCAGACUUUCACAUAUGAAAGUCCUACAGUUUUGCUAAUCAUUGUCCUAGACCUGGCUGGUACUUUCAGAAUUGCUUGGUUCUGAUUACUUGUCGUUUUAUUGGCUGUUUGGUAAAUAUUUUAUUUGCCCUUUUUGGGUCUUUUUGUUUUGUUUUUAAUGGGGAAGUAAAAUAAAUCCUGAACUGUAAACUAACCUCAUUGUGCCACUUUUGCACAGGAAAAAAGUGAAAAAGCACAUAAAUUUUCCUAGCAACCAUCAACAGCAACAUUAAAAAAAAAAAAAAAAAAAAGUUGGGGGGGAGGGGUUUUUUUUGUUUUUGUGUGGUUUUUUUUACAAAAGCUAUUUUCUUUCAUUUAAAAACAAACAAUUUUCAGUAACACAGUACUAAUACUUAAUUGUGUGGGGGUUUUUAAAUUUAUUUAUAGACCUGUUACUAGGCAUGCAGGCUGCUACAUUUCUACCUCGGGGCCAGAGCCUUCCUCAUACAUAAUAAAAAGGCAUACCCCCCUUCUUGCCCGGCAAGCCCCAGUAGCAAGUGAGAGGGACAGUCCCUCUCACUUGUUGGCCAGCCCCACCCCCUGACCGUGAUCAAUAUCUUCUCUCCCCCUCCCCCCCACCCAAGCAUGCACACCCAGCCCCCCCUCCGCACAGUGAUUUGUAUCUCUGAGGCUGCUCCAGAGACCAGGCAUGCUUGAACAGAUGUGCUACCUGGGCUGCUGGGGAAGAGGCAUAUGUCCCCUCACAGAUUUCUUUUGCAUUUUUCUGCACAGGGGGCACAGAAAUAUGUGGAUCAUAUGAAUUCUGUUAGGAGUAAGAAACCUCAGAGACAACGUAGUUUAAGGGGCUUCCUGUUUGAAAUAGUUUCUCCAAUCUCUUUACUGUUCCGCAUGAAACCUCUUGUGAUGAAUAGCCUGAGUUACAGAUUGGACUAUCUUUUACAUGGUAAAGAAACUGACAAUCUACCUGUCAUUCUUCAUACCUAGGAAUAAUCUAGUGGAAGAUUAUUAUCUGAAAGGACCUAGAAAGGUUAAAACACUGGGCCAUAAAAAGCACCCCCUUAAAGCUCUUGGAGUUUUGCUUAAAAACUGAUGGCACAGUAUAGCCCAUGGGCAAAAAAAAAAAAAAAAAUAGAGCAAGUACAUCCAAGACCCAAGUAUUUGGUAGGAGAAAAUACAUGGAAAGCACUAAUGUUGUUAGGACAUCUCUUCAACAGCACAUUAGAUAAAUUUGCGAUGUGAGAUGGUAGAAGAACCCAUCAAUGUGAGCUUUAGCUAUAUCUACAGACACGUCAUAGAACAAGGAGUUAAAUUUCAGUACAAUGCUGGUGAGAUUACACCUUAUAUAUUAGGCACAAUCCCAAGCAUCUCUGUAGUAGGAAGACAGCUGUAAGCUUUGUGGAACUGAGAGAGGCACAAUAAAUGUAAAGGGGAUGAGGGAGUCUGAAGGGGUUACCUUAUGAUUGAGGGAAUGAUUAUAUGAUUGUGUAUAUGGAUAUCAUAUGUCUCUAAAUAUUAAAAGGACAAACAUUAAAGAAACCAGUAUUAUUUGAGUGGGGCAACAUGGUAUAAAGAGAUGCCAAGAAACAUUUCGUAACAUUGAGGGUGAGGUCUCCUAAACUGGAAAUCUCCCUAGAGAAUAUGGUACUGAUAGCCCCAUCCCUUGAGAAUGUAUUAUAAUGAAGAUGUCCUGAUUAGCAGACUAAACACAAGGAAUUCAGCUAGGCCUUCCUUUCCUUUCUCAUUGACUAGUAUUCUGUCAACCCAUUAGCCAAGCUAGAGACAUAUACACUAAAAUUUGUUAGCAUAGUCUUAAUAGACUGUGGCUGGAACAGGGAAUAAAAUAACUAAUCUUAAUUGAAAAGUUAUUUCCCAGCUUCUUUUCAAAAAAAGAAAGCAAUUGUCUGUCAAGAAAGCCAUAUGUUUUCUGAGUACUUAAUCUCUGCUCUCCAACCAAGCAAUACUAGUGCCCACAGUGCCACCUGGAGACCAAAAUGAAAGGGACUUAGUUUUGCUUUCAAAACUGUCCAAUAGGAAAGUGUAUUCCAAAGUUGAUGUAUGCUUUUUUCCUUUUAAAUUUCAUUACAGUUCUGUAGAAACUAAAUAUUUUGGCCUUACACUUUAAAUUUAUGUAAACCUUUACAAAUUCAAUUUUUUUUAAAUUAAAAGCUUUUUUUCUACUUUGUAGAAGUGUUAAAAAUAGGUGGUGAUAAUGCUCAUGGUAGCGUAUGUAAGAUAACUGGUUUUUGUGAUGACUUGAAAAAUAAAGGCACAUGAUAUUAUACAGUCACCAAUGAAACCUGUUUAAUGCUAGUUACUUUGCAGUGGACAUCUGUUUUAUAAGAUUACAAAAUGGUGCAAACUCUGAUUAUCACAAGUAGUACCAUUAUACUCAGUGAGCCUACACAUGCUAGCUGUAUGAGGCUGCUCCUUUGCAAGGGAGGUCAACAGGAGUUUUGUCAUUGAGUUAAUUGGGAAUAAGAUCAUUCCCAGAUAUAGUUAUGAGGAUUUUGCAAGAUGGUCACUAAUGUGACUUGUGUUUUUCACUCAUGCUUUUAAAGUGCUGAACUGACUUUUUCAGCAUUUCUAGUGAUACUGCAUUUUUGGUGGUGGCUAAGAGGAGGAACCGAGAAGGGUAGCAUUUUAAAAAAAAGUUCAAAAAUAUGACCUGUUAGCUUACCUUUCUAAACCCCUAGCACAUGUUUGCGUACUAUAUAAAAAAGUAGCAAAUUUGGGAAAAGGGUGCAAUGACCAGGUAUAGUCUCAAUACAGGUUUCAUUGUUAUUUAUGAAAGGAUAAUGUUUGUUUUGUUUUUCUGGGUAAGAUUUAGCUGAAAUUCCUAAAUCUAAAUGACCCACAGAACCUUAAUCACACAGGGCUAGAACUCUGAAACCAUUUUUAGCUAAUAGGAUUGUUGGGCAUAAACUAGAGCAAGAGGGUCCUGGUUUAAUUGAGCAAAGGAAUCGGAAACAAGAUAUUCUGAAUUUUCUUCCAGCUCUGAGGCCGAUGUCUUCUUUGGCCUGGGCCAAGUCAUUUACUGCUGUCCCUCAGUCUGUAACAUGAGGGUAACAAUACCUGCCACAAGAGUUCUGCAUCGUCCGCACAAACCACGUUUCACCACCAAGAGACCAAAUACAUUCUUCUAAAUGCAAGAACAUUCUGUUUGCUCUGUGUUACAACAAAAUUCUUAUUGGAAAAA